UACCGAUUACCAAUAAACCCAUCUCGUUUUUCCAUACUCUACAGACCCUCCCAAACAAUACAAAACUAUUUUAUCUCGACGUAGGAAGAGCCAUUCUUUUUCCUUCAUAACCGAACCACACCAACAACCGAGGCCCCACAAGCUUGCAAAAAAGCCAGCAAGCUCUCGCGCCCGCCACGUGCGCCAACGUCCCAGCGCUGAGCAGAACGUACGCGUCGGAGUGCGAGGGCGAGCGAACGUCCCCCUCAAGAGUCGAGUGAACUUCCUUCAAGUGACAGCGCGAGGAGUUGCUUAGUCCUUCUGCCAAUGGGUAGAAAAUGGAGCAGAGUCAGCGGAGGACGCCAUUUCCAUCGUCAAGGGCUGAUCCUGGCCUGAGUCUCCUCGUGCCCCUGUACCAUUUCCUGCUGAACACGUGCCGGGAAGUUGUCCAUAAAAUAUUUGUCUAUGGCUUUGGGACCUCUCUCUUCAUCCAGAAAAAUCUGUCCGCUCAAAUUGCAUCGAAACCGAAAGCCAAAGUGACCAAGAACACCCCCCUCCAUCGCUUGCUCUACCAGAUUCAGGAGCUGGGUAACAGUCAGGAACAGAACCACAAAAGAAAGGGAGCAAAUGGAGGGAAGGGCAAGCAACAGGCCGAGUGCCAGUAUCCAAAAAGAAAUCAUCUCCUUCAUGACAUUAAGAAGAAUGAAGGCAUCCUCUCGCAAAUGACGGUUCAAGAUCUGUUGACUCCUAGCAAAGAAGUGUUCGAGAAACUGAAGCACUUGGAUCUCAUUUUUGUUAUAAAUUUGAUUACAAAUGAUAUUCUUCAUUAUCAGUUUUCAGACAGUGUCUUGGCAUCUCUUUUUAAGUUGAAAGAAAUCCGAACACGUCUUUCUCAUACAAGAUUUCAUUUUAGUAUUGAGGAAUUUGAUGACAACCUUAACUUAUUGAAUCAAUUGGUUUGCACAUUAUGUGAGUACCUAGGGUAUUCUCCGGAAAAUAUGAAGGAAGUGGGUUAUCAGAUCCUCAUGUGUCGCGAACAGGCAAGAUCAAGUCAUCACAAACCAGAAGAGAUAUUUGAUGAGUUAAUGAGAGAAGUCCAUCAGUGUUAUGCCCCAACCAGUUGUUUCGUCGUACCCAAUAUUAUUAAUCAAUCGAACUCACUUGUGGUAGAAGAUCUGGGAAGCUUGGUUUUAAACCAGAAGAACCUGACAUCUUCCAGUGGAAAGCAACCUAUUCUUCUCUGUGGACCAUGUGGCAGCGGAAAAAGCACCAUACUCCAGAAUUUAGCUUAUUCGUUAAGUCAAGGAAACCAAACAGCAAAGGGAAGGCCGUCGCUGGUGUUACAUCUUCGUGAGUGUAGUAGUUGGAAUAAGCUAAGUGUAGGGGGAAGGAAAGAAAGAGAAGACUUUUGGGAGAAAGUGUAUAGGUCUAUCAGGAAGUUGGCACCAAACACUGUAAAUAGAUAUGGAUUAGAAGUUGUGAGUAUAGUUAUAAACCGUUAUAUUGAUGACACUGUAUUCUUAGUUGACUGGGAGCUGGAGAUCUUAGACAAACUUUGUAGUGAGAUCCAGAGGGGUUCCUGGGUGCUUGCUUACCAGAAAACACAUUUCCACUCUCCAGACUGGUGUAUUCUAACUGUAGAGGCAUUUAAAGAACUUAAUGUAUUGCAGUUCCUGGAAAAGUAUGAGAAGCUAUAUCACACAAAUAUAAGAUCGCUGUACAAAGAGUGUGAUUAUAGGAACAUUCUGACAUCACCAGAAUUGAUUAACAUUUUUUGUGAAGUGAAUUCUAAGCUUAUAGUUGAAUCAGAUUUUGAAAUGAUAAACCAUUUUGUAGAGAAAAAAAUAAGGAACCAUAGCAGCAAUAGCAUAACUAAGUUGUAUGAACUUGCAUUUGUCAGCAUCUGCAAGAAAAGAUCAUUUACUGGGAAAGAUACUAUUGGUAUUGGUGAUGAACUAUGUAAAUUAUUUUUAGUUGAAUACAUGCCAGAAUGUUACCGGUUCACCAACCAGAUUGUACAAGAUUUUCUUGCAGCAAGAUAUGUUGCACAUAAUCCAAAGAAAGCUUGCAAGGAUUGGUUGGAUAAUGUUUGGAAUUUUAAAAGAGUAUUUAGAUUUGUUUGUUCAACUUGGAGCCAUGAUAAAAAAACUCUCAGGGAUAACAUAGACCAUAUACAGAAUUACUUAGUAACACUAUUUAGCAUAGAGGAGAAGAAAAUGGGUAAGAGCCAAAAGAACUACGGUUCUUCUGGAUCUGUAGUGCCAAUGUGUGUAGACGAGGAGGGUGGGAAAAGGAAAAAAAAGAGGAAGGAUAAAGCCAUUUUUGAAAAUCCAGUUAAAGAUCCAUUUACUGAGUGGGAUUUUUUGAUUCAGUUAGAUGAUGCUUGCUUUGGACACAAAGACUAUCUAAGAAUCUUUGCAGAAUUGUUGAGUUGUAUUCCAUGUUGGGACUUCAAAGUCGAUGCUCUUGAUGGGAGGAAGUUGAGGAGAAUUGAAAAGAUUUUGAAGAAGGUCAAGUUGAAUGACAGGCCACCAGUAGUCAUUAGAUUAGAAUGCCUUACUAACACUAACUUGCUUAUUGAAUUAUGGAACAUUCUAAAAAAUAUUGAGGGUCUGCACCAUCGGGCACAUGUAAAGAUUCGAAUAAAAAGAGAUAAGGUAAAUGAUCUAGGACCUCUCAAGCUUGCAAAAAUACCUGAAACUAUUGCAAAUGCAGACUGUGCUUUUUACAUAAAGGAUUUUGAGGGUCCUCUUUUCUGCUCUAAUAUAACUGAAUUUUUUAAGUGCAGAAGUUUUCAGAAGCUGGAAUAUUUGGAUGUAAGUGUGUAUGAUAUUGCCACAUUAGAGCAAGUACUAUUAUGUGAUAAACUGCCUGCUAUGGAAAGUGCAACAGUAAAACUGUUUUUAAAAACAGUAGACCCUAGUGUCUCUAACCUUAAUUUACCACAGUUUAUGGGCCUUAAACUUAUUGUGGAAUAUUUUCCUGAAAUCCAGCACCUCAUAAAUCAACUAAAAUACCCUCAUCAUCUUUCAUCACUAAGCAUCCAUGAUAUCUGUGUAUCAGAUAGCUUUAAAUUAGAUUUGUCUCCAUUUAAUAAUUUAAAAGCCCUGUACCUCAUAUGCAAACCAAAUCAAGAUGAUCAAGCAGGCAGUUAUGAUGCCAGUGCAGAGAGCCCAGAACCAAUGAGUGUUGACAACUCGGUAUUAGAAACAUGUCCUAGAUCUAGUUGGAUGCUUGUUAUGAUGAUGAAUUUAAUCCUACCCCCUAGACUUGAGAGGCUGAUGUUCAGAAACAUGGAUUUUUACAAUGAUUCUAACAACUAUCUGUUACUGAAUAUUUUUAGGAAGUGCAACAUAGAACGUAUCAUGAUAUUAGAUUCCCAGGUGACUCUAAGAGGUGUUAGGAAGGUAAUGAUUUCACUCACUACAAAUUUUGACUCACUUGGGCAGCUUGAGUCAAUGACAAAGAAAAUGAGGAUGGAGAGAGGAAAUGCUGUUGAAGCUAUCACUGCUUUUGCCAAAAAGCCAAGACUCUCAAAAGAGUUGAGAAUGAAGAGGCAGAAAAAUAAGCCACCAGGCAAGGAGUUGAUUAUAACUUCAAAUGCAGGACUGUGUAUUGCUUGCCAAAGCUUUCCAUGCCUUUGCCAAGGACAAGAAUUUGAGGAUAACCGAGAAACCUUGGAAGACUUGAUAUGCUUGAUUGAGGAUAUAUAUUAUUUUGAUAUUCUUAGUUUCAGUUUUGUCAGUAAUCUCUUUACUGUCAGGAAGGAUUUGAAUGGAGAUCUGAGAGUGGCUUGCACUCUGACAGAACUAACAGAUGCAUCCCUAAAUAUGAUUAAUCCAUCAGACAUGUUGUUCCAACUUUUUUAUAGACUGGCAGUGGCACAAUCCCUAUUUCUCAAACUAACCAGACUUACUCAGGAAGGCAUAAUUACUCUUAUCAACCUUUUGAAAGGAAACAAGAAGUCAGUCAGUGGUGGGGUAAUUGAGCCUUUUUCAGUAACAGUAGGAUCAACCUACCACUAUGCAGGAGAAAUUAAUAUGAAGACCUUCUAUAAGUUUCUUUUAAAUGAGAAAUGCCUGGCAUCUUUCAAUUUUUCGUGCACAUGUGAGGAUAAAUGCUACUGGAUAAAGAAAACAUUUGGGGGACAAAUUUUUUAUAAUAAUGAGCUACAAAACACUAGUGACUUCGAAGAAUCACAGUGUUGAUUAGCAGAAACAGUGACUGAUCGUAUGUACAUCUGUCUGUUCCGUCAUAUAACCUGCAAGUUGCUCAUUAAUGCACAAAUUCACUGAUUUCCAUGUAUAUAGGAAAUAGCAUUUACCAAUUGGUGCCUACAGUUAGGAGAAAGAUGAAUCUCUUAUUUUGAUUAUUUUACCUUUUUUAUAGAUCCUUUAAAAGGAAUUCUUGUGAUUAUCAUACGGAGAGAGAUUUUACUGUCUUGCAUAAUGUAGGCUGAAAAGAUUUAUACUGUUAGAGAUUUUCCAUUCUACUGUUCUUUUUCUUUCUUUACUUUUUCUCUCUCUCUUAGUUUCCUUGUUUUCUCUUCUCUUAUCUCAUCUUAUCUCAUUACAUGGUAUUUCAUAGAAUAAGGUAUGUCAUCAUUCCUGAUUUUCAGGUGAUGUAAAUAAAGUGUAAAACUAAUACCAUGAAACAUUUUUGCCCAACUAAUAAGAUUAUAUGAUCACACUAGGUUUGUACUACAAUAUAGGUUUACUGAUAGGCAUAGUCUAUCAGUUCUUUCUUUCUUUCUUUUUCUAUCUUCUUUCUUUUUUCUUUUUCUUUUUCAUUCUUGUUUUCUUUUUCUUCUUUUUCUUGUUUUCUU